AAGUGUAGGCUGAUGAGCCAGUGCCCUUCAGGGCCACUAUUAAGAUACAGAGUAUAUCACAUAUGACAGCUGUGCUCUUCUCAGGAAAUGCCAUAAAAGGGGAUGUUUCCCAGGCCGAGGAUACCAUUGUGUGAAGGAGAGUGUGGUGGUCUCCAAACAAGACACCUCUUACGCCAGAGCAGAGGCAGUUCCCAGGAGAUGGAAUUAAAACCUGUUUUACCCUUGCUCUCUUUCGAUGAGGGGAGGAGGAUCCUGAAUGAAUGAGGUUGUUAUCUCACACUAACUCAGUCUCACACUUCACAGCAUUGCCUGGUCUAAGAAGAGGAAGAUGGAAAGGCUGUUACAGGCAAUUUUAUUUUCAUUUUUUACUUUUUUCUGUGUAGUGAACUGCCAAGAGGAUGUCACCUUUCCUGGGCAUCUCAUUGUCCAAUAUGUGCUUUGCUUUUUUUUUUUCUAUUUCUCAUUCCUUGGUGUGUUUCUAAGUUUAAUUUGGGCCAUAGAGACAGCAGUAAUUCAGAGUUACAAUACACAAGUCUGAGCCAUCAUCAGAGCAUUACAGAGGCUGAUACAGGAAUGUGUAACUUAAUUUAUUGUUUUCCACCUUCUCUGUUAAUGAAAUCUAGCCUGAAUUGUUACACACAAGUCUGUGUUCAUCUCAGCAAAAAUUAAGUUACCUGCAGAAAAAAUUGCCACGUUUCUGCGUCUCUGACAUCGAUUUGGUCUGUGACCUUGACAAGCAAAGGCUCAAUACAUCUGUUUUCCAGUUUGUGAAAUAACAAUGUGUCUUGUACAGCAACACAACACAGAGCUGCUUUAUCACAGGCCUGCUGAUAGCUUCUGACAUGGUAUAUGAACACCAGCACACUCAUUCUGUGUGUGCAGGGAGUGCUUGAUAAGGAGAGGGACACAUGGCAGGAAAGCAGUCGUGAGCACAGCCAUGCGUACACGAGAGCCUCAGUACUUGCUUUUAAAUGUUGAAAAGGAUUCCCUGCUGACAGCUGUGGUGGGAUUCUGAGUGGCUUGUAUUUGUCUCCAGUAGUAUUAACCUUGAAGGAGGCAAGUUCGUAGGAAACCUUAUACUUGGAAGUCUGCAUGUGCAAAACAUGCUAGAUAAUGUCAUGGAUCAGAGAGCCAGCGAGGGGUAAUGUCUGUAGGAAAUUGCCAGUCCCUCUGUCCAGCUCCUGGGAUGGACAGGCUGCCCAGCUCUCUGUGGGCUUCUCAAGAAGCUUUGGUGCAAUGCUGAUUCCCUCAAAACAUAACUUGGACAUGUCAUCUUUGCUGUCAUGGACAUGUUUUGCUGUUUUUUUUCCUUCACUGGACAGCUUGUGUGUAUCAAAAAUAUUGAGCCCUGCUGCAGCUGAAGCAGCUUGAGUCCAGGUGCUUGUCCAUAUGAGGAUGGAGCCACUGUUAAGCCUGUGUCAAGCCUGGGUCUCCUGAGCUCUUCACUUCCAUGUGAGGAGUGAACUGGAAGGAGAAAGAUUUCUUUAUCUCAGUGAUAAGAAAUACUGAAAGAUAGUAAUUUUAUGGAUGAUUGUAUGAAGGGGUUAAAAAAGGUGCCGGACUGAAAAAGCUGUUUUUCAAGCAGUUAACUUUUUGGUGCCAGUGGAUGCUGAGUGGUUAAAAAAAGUGAGUGGUGUUGGCAGUUUUGCCUCUUGCCCUUGCAAGACUGAAAUUUAGCAAGUGCAUGAAAAAUGAGGAAGACUGUCUUUACUUCCAGAGAAAAUUAUGAAUAGUUGAAGGGCUAAAACCUUUAAGUACAUGAUAAAUGACCAAAGGAGUUUGAAAGCAUAGGAUAAAAUGAAAUUUAAUGAAGAACUGAGACUGAUAGAAGGGAUGUGGUGGAGAGGUGUAAUGCUAUGGUCCAGCACUUAAGAGCAGUUCUGUAUUUUCAGAAUUAGCUUAAAAAAGCUGAGCUUCUCUUCAUCAGUGAGAAGUGCCUGAGGAGGCUUCAUCCCACCGGUGGGGGACAUGCUUGGAACAGUGGAUUUUUUGAAGUCCACUUCUGCAAUAGAAGGAAAGAUUAUACUUGAGGCUUUGAUUCACUACUUUAGAUACGUUCCUCAGGAUAACAUAAGCAUUUGCCUUUAUCCGGUAACUGUUAUGGCCCCAAGCUUGCUUGAGGGAGACACACCUGCUGCUGGUGCUGCAUUUCAUUAGCAGAGCCCUGUGCUGUGUGUGCUAGUAAGUCCUUGGGGAGCCCGGGGCACACUCAGCCCAGUCCCAGAGAGGAUCAGACCAGGCAAGCUGGAGCAUCUGCUGCCCUGCUCAGGAGCCCCAUGUUUCCAGCAGGGUAGAUUGGGUUCUGUGCUGUCACAGCUCUACAUGGAUAUGCUGGAACAUAAUUGAAGUGAAGCGCCAGCUGCCUGCAGGCAGGGCUGUGCUGGCUGCAGGAUCCACAAUUUGAUCAUACUCUCUGGGGCUUAAAUCUCUAGUCUGAAAAGCAAAUUUAGCAUAUCGAGGUUAAACUUCAAUUAAUACACGAUGACCUUUUUCUUCUGAUAAUACCAGGAGACCCUCAAGAGACCCUCAGAUCAGUGUUCAGCACUGUCUCAGAAUGUGUAGUGAAUAAAGUCCAUGUUGUCUUAAUACUGGGGAUGUAAAAAAAAGCACUGUCGGUGCUUGCUGUUUGAUCACAUCCAUGAGCACAAUGGGUUCAUGGCAUGAGCAGUCUUUGUUCUGACUCUUGCCAUUUUCUUUACAUCCAAGCCAAGACACAUCCCUAUUUGUCUUAUGCGAAAAAUCAUUACUAAAACCACUCUACUGCCUACAUUAGCAUUCUAGCAAGCAAGGAUUUUGGGAACUUCCCUUUAAGAAGGUCUUUAGUAUUCCUGGAGGGUAAAAAGGUGUUUUUCCCUUGCAAUGGUAAGCAAAAUGUUUUGAGACAAGUUAAACCCAUGGGUUGGGUUUCCAGACAUACGGAGAUGCCUGGGGCCAGCCCAGAGGGAUACAGAUGCCCCUGGGAUCACUAGGGGUGCUUGUGCUUGGGAAGGAGUGUGGGAGGAGGAACCUGGAUCCCCAGGAGGUCAGGGUGGGGUGAGAACAGCACAAGGUACAGUUUGAGCUAUAGGAGCUCUGAGGGUUUCUGUGAUGUUGAGGACAAGGUGAGGUGCUGGUCAGUAAGGCAGGUAAUGCAAAGCUGUGCCUGGCAGUACCAGAGAGGGCAUGGAGCUCACAGGCAUGUUGCAAGAAGUGGGAGGAUACAGCUCAAAGGACACAGCUCCUCUGUCUGGCUUCUCCCAUGGACUAGCGCAGCACAUGAAAGAUGGAUCAGCUUAUCAAGCAGCAGAUUCUCUCCCUCCAGUUUAGGAAGGAGCACCUUCUGCGCAAUCAUUUCUCAGCUGACGGAGGAAACACAGCCACUAUUUGAAACCACUAUCAAAUCCCAUGCUGUGUCCGAGGACUGUGAUGCUAAAUUCACGUGCAUAGUGACAGGGUAUCCACAGCCAGAGGUGACAUGGUACAAGGAUGAUGAGGAGAUGGAUCGCUAUUGUGGCUUGCCCAAGUAUGAAAUAUUCCGUCACGGAAACCGCCAUACCCUGCAGCUCUACAAGUGCCGUGAAGAGGAUGCAGGCAUUUACCAGGCCUCAGCUAGAAAUAACAAAGGCAUCGUGUCCUGCUCUGGUGUGCUGGAAGUGGGAACCAUGACAGAGUUCAAAAUCCAUCAGAAGUGGUUUGACAAAAUCAAGAGAAAAGCUGAAGAAAAGAUGCAAGAAAUAGAACAGGACAAGAAACGAGGAAAAGAAAAUGUGGAAGUGGAGAAGUUGCAAGGAAUGAGCCCUGAACGGCUGCAGAGGAAGCGAAGGCUGGGUAGAGAUCAGACUCUCCGGUCAGGAGAUUUGUCAUGGGAGAAGGAAGACGCAGCAAAAGUGCACGUCGCAGAUUCGCAGUCCAGGUUGCACAAGGAUAUUGCUGAGACAAAGGAACAGCCAUUCAGUGCAGUGUCAGGCUUCCCAAACAAACUGGUGGCACCUCUGAAAGCAGAAGUGACCACCAAUGGAGAUGCCACUUUGGAAAGUGGGGAGGAGAAUGGGAACAACUUUCUCACAUACCUCUGUGAGACAGUGGAGGACUUGGUGACUAAGCCAGGGGCGAAAGACUCCGCAGCUAUAAAGAAAAAGAAGGUGGAGGCUCCUUCAGCAGCAACACAGGAAGUUUCUAAGCGAGAAGAAAGUGGGAGAGACAGGGUCAAUCCGUCUUCAAAUCCCAGGCUUGCUCCUCCUGUCCCCUUACGCAGGAAUGCACGUUUGAGGGCAGCAAGUGAUCAAGAAGUGGAAACCAGUCCAAAACAUAAAGAGCCUGGGAAAACUGUGAAACAGGACAUUAAACCUAAUGAUGACAUGUACUUCUCUUUAAAGGACAUGUAUUUUGAUAAGCAAGUGAAGCCAGCGGCAGGGAAGGAGGAGGUGGGAGGCAAGGACGAGGCCAGGAGUGAGGCUGGCUUGCAGCCUGUGGCAGUCAGCAGACAGACAAAGGAUGCUCCAUUGGUCUCUGAAGUGUUGGAGAGAGAACCUGUGCUGUCCGAGGGCCAGAGAGGCCAGCAGCAAGAACAGAAGUUGGAGGGAAGCAAAGAGGUUGCAGCAAGAGUUGGACAGUCUGCUGGUGACCUAAAGCAUCCAGUGUCCGGUCCAACCAAAGAGACCAGUCAGCAAGCCGGUAAGCAAGAGGAGAAAGUCAGGAAAGAAGUGCCUGUUUGCCAGGAAACCAGGGGGGCUGCAAAAAGGACAAAUCCUCGGUUUAGGCCUCAGGAGCCACCAAAGCCGCCAGCACCUUCUCCAGACCAUGUACAGUCUGACAAGAAGCAGCCACCCCCCAGGAAACAGGCAGAAAGACAUUUGCAUGCUCUUGAGGACAGAGAGACUCAGCAAGGACUUUUAAAUCAAGAAAACAAAAGCCAAUGUGGGGAAGAGUCAUUGCUAAAAAAUUUGACUCCUUCAGAACCUAGAGAAAACACUCCUCUUGGGCAAAUCACAUGUCAGACAGUCAAGGGUGAGAAGAGCAAAGAGGCAGGAGCAGAGUUGUCUGGGAGCCAUCCUGGUGUGAGGACAGGAGGGAGUGAUGCAGCAGAGCCAUGUCUUGGGGCUGUGCACAGGGAGGAAGGAGGGACACCUUUUUGCCAUCAGAACACCGAAAUGGCUUCUGCUUCAAUUGCUCUUGCCAAGGAAGAGCAGCUUCCUGUUCCUGCAGUGAGGCCAUCAGUGGCUCAGGAGGCACUGCUGGCAUCUAAUGGAAGCCCAGGGAUGAAGGCCACUGCAGGAGAGGUCUGGUCUGGAGCCCAGCUGCUGCCUCCUGUGAGUGGAGAAACGGAAAUCACAACAACAGAUGGAUCUGCCCCACAAGAGAUGUUUUCAGCCAUCACAUUAAAGGAGGAGAAUGACAAACGAGUGCCCAUGGGACCUCAAGGGAAGGAGGGAGGACUCCUGACAGCUACAGCUCCAUGCCAGGAACCAGCAGCAUCUUCAGGGACUUGGGAAGGAGUCUCUGAGGUUCAGCCACAGCUACCACUGAUUUUGCCUGGCUCUCAGGAGAUGUCUUUGGAGGAGAAAAUGCAGCACAAAAACCUGGUUUCCUCCUUAAAGAACUAUCUGCUGCUACUUUUAAAAAUGUCAGAUAGCAGUAAGGAUGCCACAAAAGGAGACGCUGACUCUGGGGACAAGGAGCAGCCAAAUGCAGGGGAAGGCACGAUCCCAGACACAGGCAUUGCUGGCCUUAGCCCUCGCACCUCAAGGAAAGUUUUGGAAAAAGUACAAAACAACCAGCUCUUCCAGACAGCAGAGAACUUCCCUCUGACCCCCAGGACAUCCAGACGGAUCACAGGAAUGAUUAACAAGGAAUUUGUUACCAGCAAGGAGAUGCUGGCUUGCAGGCCUGUGCCACCAAAGAGAUGCCCCCGGGGGGCUCCUGAGGCUGAGGGGCCGCCUCCACUCUCAGUACCCUCCAUCAUAGUGGGCAGCAUGCCCACAGCAGGAGUGGCUCCUCAUCUUUCUGAUUUGCCUCCAGUGAGCUCUGAAGAGAGCCCUGCUGACCCUCUGGCACUGCUACCUUGUGCCACACCAGAAGAGCUCGCUUUGGGGGCCCGGCGCAAAAUAUACCUGCCAAAACCCAAACAGGUGGGAGUGGAAGAGGAGGCAAGUCCGGGGAGCCUGGAGCACACAAGAAGUCUGACUGUUUCACCCCAGCAAUCCAGGAAGAAUGCAUCCUUGUUGCACUCUCCUGCCCCAGCUCCACCCUCUCCCUCAGAGCAGUGCUCUCCAACCCUCACAAGGAAGAUGGCCACGUUGGAGGUUCCCAAGCUGUACGAGGAGCCUGCAGGUGACACCAGUGGUGACGAAGAGGUCCCUGGAGAUGCUAAGCCAGAAACACAGCCAGCAGAGUCCCAGAAAACAAAUAACCCAUUUAAAGCUCCACAGGUGGUCCGUAAGAUCAGGGCAGAACAAUUUUCUGAUGCAUCAGGAAACCUGAAACUUUGGUGCCAGUUCUUCAAUAUAUUGAGCGAUUCUAAGCUGACGUGGUACAAGGACGAGAUCCCUGUAGCCGAAGCCCAAAGGAGUGCUGGCGAUGAAGGCCAGGCAGCCUUGGCUGUUGUGCAGGCAUCUCAGAAGGAUUGCGGAGUCUAUCGAUGUGUGAUCAGCAACGAGUAUGGCACCGACUCCACAGAUUUCCUGUUCAGCCCAGAAGUGUUGUCAGGAUUUAUCCUGCGGGAAGAGAUGGAAGUUGGAGAGGAGAUCGAGAUGACACCCAUGGUGUUUGCCAAGGGUUUGGCUGAUGCAGGCUAUUGGGGGGAUAAGCUCUUCGGACGCGUGGUGAGCGAGGACAUGGAAGUGGGUGCUGGUUUCCUGCGCAAAGCCUGCCGUGCCAGAGCCAUUUAUGGCCUAGAGCCUGUCUUUGAGUCCGGCCACACCUGCAUCAUCAAAGUGCACAAUUUCAUCGUCUUUGGGACCAAGAAUGAGAACAGCCUUGUUGAGAAGAACUAUGAUAUCACCAUCCAGGAAUGUAAAGUCCAAAACUCCAGCCGUGAGUACUGCAAGAUCUUUGCUGCUGAGGCACGAGCCAUCCCUGAUUUUGGAGUGGUGCCUGAGAUAAUUCCUCUGUACUUGAUUUAUCGUCCGGCCAACAACAUCCCUUAUGCCACAAUGGAGGAGGACCUCGGCAGGCCCUGUGAGCAGUACUGUGUCACUGAGAGAGAUGGCAGCUUGGUGGCACGAGGCACCUCGGAGAUUGUGCUCAAAUGCUGCACCUUCCAGCAUUGGGUUUACCAGUGGACAAAUGGAAACAUCCUCGUGACUGACAUGGAAGGAGUGGGCUGGAAGUUGACCAACGUGCGGAUCGCUACCAACAUGAAGGGGUACCAGGGGCUGAAGGAGAGCUGCUUCCCUUCCCUGCUGGAGCAGUUCCCGGCUACUCACAGGUGCAAUCAUUACUGCAGCAUGCUGGGCCUGAAGAUGCUGGAGUCUGCCAAACCCAAGGGCUCCAAAAGUCCCUGCCUGGGCAGGAAGUCUGCCCAGUCCAGCCCCCAGCUCCAGAAGAAGGUGCUGGCAAGUCCUCAGGGCACCCGCAAGGCUUCUGUGAGCCCCAAGAGCUCCCGGAGAGCUGCAGAAACAGGGGAGGCCCCAACAGCCUGCAAACCCAGGUCAGGAGAGAGCAACAGAGCUGGCUGCCCACAGUAGUCAGAGCUGCUGCAGCUGAGAUUCCUGCUCUGGCCCCCAGCCUGGGCCCAGCAUGUGACCAGGGUGGGAAAGGGAGACUCUGGCAGUGGCCUUCUUGGGGCUCCUUCUCGGCCCACAGUGCUUGCAUUGUGUGGUGUGUGCUAAUUGUGAGUGGCUGGGCCGGGUCCAAGGGGGCUGUGAGCCACAGGCAACCUCCCCAGUACCUCUCUACAGGAACUGCUGCUGAAGCCUGUGGGGCUGUGUGCCUCUCCACGCUCCGACUCGCUUUCCUCUCUCAACUUUCCGUAGGCCUUCCUUAAGGCAGGGGCAGAGCUUCUCCCUCAGGCUUUGCAGCCACCGUGUCCUUGCCUGGCUCCCCAGCAAACUGGGAGUCCUGGACGCCCUCCUGGCUCCCAGCACCUCAUGUUCUUCUUUGUGUCCCCAUAAAGUGACCGGGCCAAGCCUUGCCAGCGCUGUCAAGGAUGAGAACCCCACCAGUGCCCAGGCAGUCCCCUGUGCCCUGGCACACCUUUUUUCCUGUAGAGGGUUCCAGCAGGAGGGGCUCUGGAGUGUUGGCUAGUUUCAGGGCAGGGUAUUUGCACUGGUACCAGCUGCUUCAUAGGGAUGGGAUUUUGCACACCUGCCCUCUCCUGCUUCCUGGGGAAGUCUCCCACCCUGUUGCUGGGUGGAUGCUGCGGGUGGCUGUGCUGCUCUGGAUGGUGGCCAGUGCUACGGUAAGGAUGCUCUACCUCACGUGGGAUACUCACAUGGCAGCAGGGCAAUGGGGCAACUUCCCCUCCAUAUCAGGUUCUACCUUGGUGCAUGGGAGUGUCUAGCCCACAGGACUCACUCCUCCUCCUUGCCUCUGUGCCAUACAUAGACCCUGUAUGCCCUAGCCUCAGCACAAUGUGCUGCUCAGCAUCACUCCUGCUUGGCACAUGCUGGACUCCAGCAACAGCCGGCAGUACCCACUCCAAAUCCUGCUACCCCUGCCUCAAGGCAGUGGUGGACAGGCAGAGGAGCUGUCUGUUCCAUCACCCUGCAGAGCAUCCCCUUCCUCACGGUGUUGCAGGAGGAUGCUGGGUGCCAGUGACACCACCCUGCAGGGUGGGGUCUCAAGAACUGGCUCAAUGCAGCCUGAUGGAGGGAAGGGUCCAGGCUGGGAGUGUGGCAUGCUCUGGGCUCCUGGUCCUUUGUCGUUGGGUGACUGUAAAAUACCGAUGUACAUAACGUGGCUGUGUGGCUGCGUUGGCGACUGGUGCUCUCGAGUGCAAUAAAGCAAGAAGGACUGGCCUGUUCCCUG